AUGAUCAACAGUCUCCUGAGCAUAAGUCACCAAGAAGACGUCGCUCACUGGAGCCGUCAUCCUCGCGGCUUAAUCGACGUGCGUCUCGAGAUACAAGUUCAAAUUGUAUCAUCUGGCUGUGGUCAAACAACAAGUUAUCCGGAUUUAAGUCAGCCUUCACAAGAUUGGAAAAUGGCAGUGCAUGGGUCUUCCCCUACUUAUACCCGUACAUUGACGGCUGAUUCAUACGAAAACAAUGAAUGUAUUGCGGAAGUUGAGCCUGAAGAGAUGGAAUAUACUGCAAGUCAUGAGCAACCGAGCUUUGCUUAUUAUGGUAGAGCUUGUGUACCGGAUGAAGCGUAG